AUGCUUGUGAAAUUUCCUUUCACUUGUUUCUUGUAUGUUGUCUGCAGGUAUGAAUAUCACUGGGCCGAUGGAACCAACAUAAAAAAGCCAAUUAAAUGUUCGGCUCCAAAGUACAUUGAUUACCUGAUGACUUGGGUCCAGGAUCAGCUUGAUGAUGAGACACUUUUCCCUUCAAAAAUAGGGGUCCCUUUCCGAAAGAACUUUAUGUCGGUGGCCAAGACCAUUUUGAAGAGACUCUUCCGUGUUUACGCUCACAUCUACCAUCAGCACUUUGACUCUGUUAUCCAGCUGCAGGAGGAGGCACACCUCAACACCUCGUUCAAGCACUUUAUCUUCUUCGUUCAGGAGUUUAAUUUGAUUGAUCGGAAGGAACUAGCACCCCUUCAGGAGCUGAUCGAGAAGCUCACGUCCAAGGACAGAUAAAUCUGCCCUUAACAUCAACAUCUUCUCUAAUUUUUCUGUACAGGCAGCCCGGCUUUGUUCUCUCUGUGUUUGACAGGUGUGUGGGAAUGUUUCCUUCGAGAGUUGGGAAAAGGCUGACUCCAAAAAAACUAAAUAAAAAUCCUCUCGAUAAGCCACAACGCAACCAUAGGUCAAGGUCAUAGUGGAAUUACUUCUUUUGACGUCAUCUCAAACAUGAUCUAAGUGCCUGAUAUGUCCACUUUCAAAAUUGCUACUUUGUAUAAAAGCGCUACCACUGUUAUAAAACUUCGUUAUGAUUAUGCUUUUGACCUUUUUUAGGAGUACAUUAAUGUUUAUUAGUGGUAUGUUCGCUUUUUUUCCUCGUAAUGGAUUUAUUUAGAAGUGCAUAGAUUUAAAAAUACUGAAUGAAGCAUUCAUUGAUUUUUCAGAGAUGAAGAUGUCUUGGCUUCUCUUAAGUACUCAUUUUAACUGCUCCCCGUGUCUCAUGACAUGUUUGGGAUUUCCGUUAUCUAUUUCAAUAGUAGAACUGCUUUGUUCACCUCAGAUUUUUAUCCAGCACUCAAUGAAUCUCUCCUUAUUGUAACACAUUUCAGUCAUUACUGAAGAACAUUGGGCCCACAGUUCGCCUACCAAUGCUAUUAAGCCACUACAUUACGUUUGAAUAAGUACUUAUGUUGAUGAGCCAGAUUCUCUCCCAGACAUCAGGGCUUUGUCUGUUAGAAGCUGGGAUGAAAUGAGCUGACUAUGCAAGAUCGGUAUGUCCUAUUUAAUCUAUUUUUUUCAUACACUAUAAAACACAAGGGUUUUACAUUCUUCUAUUCGCAGAUGUGGAAACCACGGGCACCUUUUAAGCAAAUAACAACAAUAAAUCUAAUGGGAAAGAUGCAUUUUUCUCUAGAUCUUACUUAAGCUGCCCCAAUCUGAAUUAGUAUUUCAAAUUUCACUUGAAACACAGGCUAAAUUAUGAGGAAGUGGAUGCAAGUUGUGUAAAAUCUA